GCAGAUUGGAAAUUGAAGCUAUGCGAUCGUCAAAGUCUUUACUUCAGCUUCCAGUACUUCUGGCAUACAAAUAUGGAUCACAAUGAAUGCAUUUCAGCAGAAUAGCAGUAAGUGAGGUACACUUCCACGACUUGCAAGCUGAUGGAGGUUAUUAAUAGAUGUAGAUACCCGUCUCGUCAGGUGUUUUCGCGUAGUGGGGCCGAGCUUUCACAAGGUUGGCGGAUAAGAAACUUUGGGGAGAAAACCCUUCGAUAACACAAUUUCGAUAGAUACAAUUCCCCUCAUGUCGUUGCAGAUGAAGAGCGACAUGUGUAGCGCCACUAUGAGACAAAUUUACCUCACAGCACCUAUAUGACCAGAUUUUACCCAACAUGCCACGAGCAUUCCCUUUUCCUGUUAACAUUGGAACCGACAUCUGCAGGAUCAGUCGCAUUCAGGAUAUCUUAACGAAGCAUCAAUCGAAAUAUGCACAUCGAUUUAUCAGAAGGAUAUUCACUCCGCAGGAGCAAGUGUGGUACCGACCGAGAUUAUUGCCAUUGAUUGAAUACCUAUAUUUUAUGGAGCGGAGGGAAUUCAUUCAAGGGAAAAUAGAAAAGCAAGAAAGAUGGAAGGCGAAAAGCUUGGAGGCCUUGAUAGGACUCGUUGCGCCCAAAGAAGCGCCCCUGUUGAACAAUACUGCUGCGAUUGAUAGCCCUGUUGGUUCUUUAAUAUGGCCUACCUACGGCGCAGAAGAUUCGAAAAAAUUGACAAAGGAGGAAGAGGAAUCAAUUUUACUUCAACUGAAAGAAAAUGUGCAGGGAGUUGCGAGAUUUGUGGCUGGUCGGUGAAUUUGCGGCGAAAGAAGCGGCGAAAAAAGCAUUCAGCAAGAGGAAACUGAAUUUCCACGACAUUACGAUUGACAGUCCAUCUUUGGAUAACCUCAGAUCAAGAGCACCGGUCACACUUAUUAAAUCGAUAACAGGACAUGAGGAUCAGAUAGUACCGAUGAGCAUAAGUCAUGAUGGAGAUUACGCGACUGCUGUGUGUAUGUCUUGCGAGGACGUUGCUCCUCCACCUACGCCGGAUCUUCAACAGAUAGAACCUAUGUUAGCCCGCCUCCUCGAUGAAAUAACGAUUAAACGAUUGGAGUUGUCAUCAGCGUCAUCCAGAUCUUUGGAAAAGGAAAAACGAACACCUAAUUCAACCUUGAAAGAUUCUACCUCAGAAACAUCGUCAGAGAGACUUUCGACUCCACUCCAGAAGAUACCGGUAAAGCUGACAAGUCCAAUCAGUGGAAGGUUAUCAGAAAUUUUGAAUUCUACUCCUGGCGGUGGAUCUAACAUCUCGGCUCCUGAAGUUAGGGAAGAUCUGAACGUUCCAGAAGUCUCGGAUCGUCUUGAAUCUGAGGCAUCUUCAUCCUCUAUGAACGACCCGGUGAUUGAUGAUAAUUUGGAUGUUUCAAAAAUUCCAAGUCAUGUUCCGUCAGAAGCCUCUUUACCCUCACCUAAUGACCUAAAGAUCCGAUAUCAUGUUAGUGCCGCAAGUGCUCACAAUUCCCUCAAUGUCGAUCUUUUGAAUGGAUCCUCCAUCCGUAAUUCUCCUGAUUUUGAAGAAAGAGGAUUUACUUAUAGGGGCAUCCAAACGAGUAACUACCAACCGAUGGAAGACUCUCAGCGUGAUAGAGGUUUUCCACAACCAUCCGAUGAUUAUCUUGUUCAUCGCUCUGAUAUUUGGACAUGUAAAUCUGAAGGAUGUGGUAGUCAAAACAGUUUCUAUGAUCGCCAGUGUGUGAAUUGUGGUACCAAACGUCUUGAAGGUUGGGUCAAUUACGUAGACCUAGACAGUAAAUAUAAUGAAAGAUUGGCAGAAUUCUCGAAUCAUCUCGGGCUCCCAUUCGAGAUCGAUCCGGCAAAAGAGGAAGAGAAGAAAAUGAGGGUGGCAGUUCGACAAGCGAGGCUACACGAACGAUCGCAAAGUAUCUAUGGCUUACCAACAUAUAUAGAUCCCAAGGUAGUCAAAAAGAAUGUCGAGAACAGUCUUAAAGUUACAGGGAUUCCCAGCGGCACCACAAAUGAAGAGUUAAUAGAAGCUUUCAAGGGAAAAUGUACAGCCAUAAAAGGAUAUGUAAAACAAACGAAAAUGGGUGAUAUGUAUGGUUCGAUCAUCUUGUCACGAGAAAAUGAGGCCAAUAAACUACGGCAUAUUGAUAGAAGGCCUGAUAAGUUACCCGAGAUUCGGGGCUCCAAGUUAAGAAUGCACAAAACGGAUGACUGGCUCAGAGGGUUGCUGAGAGAUUAUGGAUCGGGCGCUCGGGCAUGGGAUUGGAUUGCGGAGUUCUGGACUACGGAUGUUUUUCAUCAGUAUGAUAAGAAGGAGUGUGACGAACAUGCUAAACAGCGGUUGGAGGUGUGGAGACAGGCACAGCGAAAUAAACAGAAGCAAUGGGAGGCGGAGGAAAAUAAGAUGAGAAAGAAGUUGAAGAAGUUGGAGAAGGGUUUGGAGGAGAAGGGGACGAGGAAACUGGCGAAGUUGGUGGAGGAAUUGAAGCAGAAAUUGGAGGAUAUGGAAAGGGGGAGGUCAAAAAGGAAGUUGGAGGAGGGGGAAGGGGAGAAGGAGAAGGAAUAGUUUGGAUGGUGAGAAGGGGGGUGGGGGAAUAGAGCCCCAUCCUAGAUGAUGUUAAGAAUUUUAGAUGAGAUAUUGUUGGAUACACACGUAUCUUGUUAUGUAAAAACAUAUAUUAUUUCUAAGAUAAGGUAAGAAAGAGACUUUGUACAUAUUUACUGUUUAUUUUAUGUACAUGCAUAUAUUCAUCUUCACUCAUUUCCCAUCGCUUAGCCAGGUUGCUUGGGAUCUGGGUCCCUCCUACACAGCAUAGUGAGUUUCAUCAGAAGAGCUACCUAUCCAUGAUAAGUUUAGUAUUCCAUAUACUUGAAAAAUAAGUCGAUAGCA